AUGACGUGGGAACUCUCUCAGAGGCGGUUUAUCCGCUCCAUCAACUCAAAGUACAUUUACGGUCGCAUCCCUCUACUGCAUACCAUUGUCUUUUUAAUCGAAAUGGCUUUCAUCGCUAGACUUACUGCUAGAUUUAACUCUUACUAUGAUGAACGACCACUCAUGACCAUGAUGGUCACAAACGCCAUCCUCGGAGGCGUCGCCGACACAGUUGCCCAGUCCAUCACCGCCAUCCGCGAACGAGCUAUCCGCCAGCCCGGUGGCCUCAAGAAGAACGACGGCGUCGCCAUUGAGAUCCACGAGCUCGACCGCAAGAACCCUUUCUACGAGCGCGACCUGAUCCCCGACUCGGUCGGCCUCCCCCCACCCUUUGACUUUGAGCGUCUCACCCGCUUCAUGGCCUACGGUUUCUGCAUGGCCCCCGUCCAGUUCAAGUGGUUCCGAUUCCUCGGGCGUAUCUUCCCUGUCACCAAGACCAGCGCCUUCGUCCCCGCCAUGAAGCGCGUUGCUUUCGACCAGCUCAUCUUUGCGCCGUUCGGUCUGGCUGUUUUCUACACCACCAUGACAAUUGCUGAGGGCGGUGGUCGUCGCGCUGUGUCCAACAAGCUUCGGGACAUGUACAUCCCUACUCUCAAGGCCAACUAUGUUGUCUGGCCUGCUGUGCAAAUUGUCAACUUCCGUUUGAUGCCUGUUCAGUUCCAGCUGCCUUUCGUGUCGACAAUUGGUAUUGCCUGGACAGCAUACCUCUCCUUGACCAACUCUGCAUCCGACUCAAUCGAUGUUCAAAAUACCUACGUUAGACUUUUCCUGGCUUGGCCUUUUGUGCCUCACGCAAUGAAAAUUGCAAAGUCCCAGCGACAAGACAAAGCAAACAAGCACACGACACCAGAUGCAAAUGCAAAUGCAAAUGCAAAUGCAGCUGCAGCUACUACAGCUACACAAACAGAAGCUCUGUCAAAUACGGAUUGGGAAUACGGAACAUUACAGUCCAACCCCGCAAAGAACAAGGGCCCCCUGUGA